UCGCCUUUUCCCGUGAAGACCCAGCCUUCCUUGUCGUGAUCAACGGUCUGCAGUCCAAAGAGGAUUGGGAUGAGAUAAAGGCUACGGUCGUGCCUGAGGGUACCAAGAGUUGUACCAUCAUCAUUGCAAAGGAAGAAGAUGUGGCCGAUUAUUGCAAAGAUGAAAGGCCGAGAGAGAUCGACCAAGUACAGAGGGAAGCCAACGCAGCCGUUCGCCCAUUCACAAAGGGUUGGUGGUCACUACUAUGGCUAUUCAUUUCGUCAUUGGCUUAGUCAAGGCUACCGCCGUUUCGGCGGCCAUGGUUAUCGACCGGAGGAUUCUCACUGUUUCCUCUCCAACAGAAUUGAAGAGGCAUUCAGCGUGCCAUUCAUAGAGAGUCAAUACGGCGUGCGUCAGGAAAUUCAUUACUGUCACGUACGUGAAUUGGGUGUGAACGCGGUGUGGGAGACCGUUGGUGUUGGGAAAUCAGCUCUCGUGAGAUGCUCCUACUAUGCAAACAUGGCCAUCUCAUUGAAUAUCACACAACAGACUAACCUUAGCAGAUUUGGUGAUCUGUACCUUCAGGAAUCAAUAUGUGGGGGCAUGUUUGACAUGUUCGGGUGGGUCCAUGUGCCUGAUCCGUUCGACCUGGCGGAGUUCUCUCGGCGUUUACUUCUUGAUUUCCAUUCACUUGAUCCUCAUGAAAUGGAAGCAAGAGCAGUUGGUAUCGUUCAAGGCCAGGACCCAAUUCAUGUUGGAAUUUUGGGUUAGGCCCAAGGCCCAAUCUGAAAUUAAUUCCUAAAAAAUCUCAAAAGUCCAUUCAUGUAGUGGGAUGAGGAAGUGGGAAUAGUCCCACAUUGCUAGUUUAG